GGCUUUGCUCUUCACGUUCCAGUUAUACUCUCUCGCCAUUUUGUACUCGUACUCGUCAUCGUCAGCGUAAUCUAUACCAGCAGUGAAAUCCCGUCGGCGUUUCUCCAACGUUUCCUCCAACGGCAAAAAGAAUCGCAACGCAGGGGUUUCCGGUCUGGAGGGAAAGUUGUGCCGCCAGGUGAGACUCGGAAGACAUGGUUGGACCCAAUGUCUCUUUGUGACUAACCGUUCCGGAGGGUGGAACGAUCGCCACGCAGGGCGCAUCCUUCAGAACGCCUUCCGAACACGAGCGUACAAAUACAGAACUCGCGACGCUGUGCAAGGUGUAUCCCGUGAGCCCUGUGGCAGGGCCCGGUGCGGCGCGAUCCGUAUGGGAACUAAGCCCGGAUCCCGACAUGGUCGGGCAUCUACCGAACAAUCCGAUAUCCGGCCACCAGAAUCAUGGCUCGGGCAAGGACACGCGACAGAGGAAUCGCCCCGAUGACAACAUCUACGCCGACGAAGCCACCACCGGUCAGAGCCCCACCGAUGAGACCAAGCAAAUCUUUGAGCUGCUCAGAGCCGGUGAAAUUGAGGCGGUCGAGGAAUUGGUUGAGAAGAACGGGUUGAAUCUGCUCAGUGCGAGGGAUGAAUGGGGAUACACGCCUGCCCAUUGGGCUGCCUUGGAUGGCAAUAUUGAAGUGAUGAGAUAUUUGAUAGAGCGAAACGGACCCGUAGAUCUACCAUGCCUCGGCACGCAGGGACCCAGGCCGAUACAUUGGGCCUGUCGGAAAGGCCACAGCGCGAUAGUGCAAUUAUUAUUAAAGGCCGGCGUCGCGGUGAACGCGGCCGAUUUCAAAGGUCUGACGCCUCUGAUGACCGCUUGCAUGUUCGGCAAAUUCGCGACGGCCGCCUUCCUGCUAGGCUCCGGCGCGCAGGGGCACUUGACAGACAUAAACGGCGACACCGCGUUGCACUGGGCUGCGUACAAAGGUCACGCCGAGCUGAUCAAGCUGCUGAUGUACAGCGGAGUGGACCUGCAGAAGCCGGACUACUUCGGCUCGACGCCGCUUCAUCUGGCUUGCUUGUCCGGCAACAUGAGCUGCGUACGGAUUCUCUGCGAGAAGAGCAAGAUCGAGCUCGAGCCGCGCGACAAGAACGGCAAGACGCCGCUGCAACUGGCCAAGAGUCAUCGCCAUUCCGAGAUCGUGCGCAUCCUGCAGGCGGAGCAGAAGCGUCGAGCCAGAUGGAUUCCACCUAUCAACGAACUAUGGGCGCUGCUAUUUGGCGGAGCGGGCAACAGCAAAGGACCGUUGCUACUGUUCAUGAUAUCCGUCCUGUUGUGGGGCUACCCGAUGUACCUGUUGAAGUGCAUUCCGCUAACGUGGAACCUUCUACGUGGCAGCCACUACUGUUUCAUUUACUGGAAUAUCCUCAUGUGGAUCUCGUGGAUCGUGGCUAACAGAAGAGACCCCGGUUACGUGCCGCAAAACAGCGACACUUACUACAGGGCGAUAAAACAGAUCCCGUAUUUCGACAAGUGGAAGAAGCGGAACGUCUUACUAUCGCGACUGUGUCACAGCUGUAGAUGCUUCAGGCCUCUGCGAGCGAAACACUGCAGAAUCUGCAACAGAUGCGUUACGUAUUUCGAUCAUCACUGUCCGUUUAUAUACAACUGCGUUGGCCUGAGGAACAGAAUGUGGUUCUUCCUGUUCGUCAUGUGCGUGGCGAUAAAUUGCUCCUUCACCCUAUAUUUCGCAUGUUACUGCAUCGCGAUUGAGGGCAUUCAACUGCUGUAUGUUCUCGGUGUAAUAGAAGCCCUCGUCUUCUGCGGACUCGGCUGGAUAUUAACCUGUACCUCGGUUCUACACGCCUGUAUGAAUCUAACUACCAACGAAAUGUUCAAUUAUAAGAGAUACUCGUACUUAAGAGACAAGAGGGGCAAGUAUUUGAAUCCCUUCAGUCGGGGACCCGUGCUUAAUUUCAUCGAAUUUUUCCUCUGCCCGCCGGAUCAUCAAACGAACGACCUUCAGCAUUACCAUAUUCUUUCGGAGGACGUCAUAUAACGCUGACGACGUAAAAGCCACCGAGUGAUUUAUUUCACGCACUCUCUCGCACGGAGAAGCGUCAGGCGCGAGAUUGCCACUUGUACGAUAAUACAUUAUUUUUUCAAGUUACAUGUACAUUUGCACAUAAAAUAUAUUAUUGCCACUUCUAAAAAAUGAUCAUAUUUCAUAGUUAUAUUAUGCAACAUUCUGUUGCCAGGGCACAAACUUGCAGACACGUAGUAAAGAAUUUUAUAAGUUAAAGUUUCAAUAAAUAUCUUGUAAAACUGA